UUCCUGUGAGGACUACUUUGGUUAACUUUUCCUCGCUUCCUCUUAUUGGGUCGGAAGCCGGGCUGUCUCCGCGAGAAUCAAUCUACGGUUGGUCAUUGCGUCCGGGGAGACGGUGCCUGAGCGCGCGGUGCCUGAUGGGCGGCGGCUAACGGAUUGGCUGUGGGGAACGGCGGCCUGGGAUUGGCUGCGCUCAGAGCGUUUCAUGGCGGCUUCCUGUUAGAUCCUGUACCCAGCGGGCUGCUGAUAAAGCAGAGGCUUAAUUGCUUACAAGGGGAAUUGAGAAGUCCAUGAAGCAUUUAGGAUGAACCCAGGAAGACGUGACAGUCUGGAUGACCUGCCUGACCUCUACACUAUCUUCAGAGGAGAGGUUGUUGCAGUGACAGAAUAUGGAGCCUUUGUCAAAAUUCCAGGCUACAGAAAGCAAGGCCUGGUCCAUCGAACCCACAUGUCAUCCUGUCGAGUGGACAAACCCUCUGAGAUAGUGGAUGUCGGUGACAAAGUGUGGGUGAAGCUUAUCGGCCGGGAGAUAAAAGAUGACAAAGUUAAGCUGUCCCUUUCCAUGAAAGUUGUCAACCAAGGGACAGGCAAAGACCUUGACCCCAACAACAUCAUUACUGACCAAGAAGAGAGGCGGAAGAGGUCCUUCAAGGAUUACACAGGGCAGAAGAUCACCCUCGAGGCUGUCCUGAACACCACUUGCAAGAAGUGUGGUUGCAGAGGUCAUUUUGCCAAGGACUGUUUCAUGCAACCAGGGGGCACCAAAUACAGCCUGGUACCUGAGGAGGAGGAGGAGGAGGAAGAAGCAGCUGCAGCAGAAACUGAUGGAGGAGAGAAGUCUGUACAAACAGAAACUACUUCCCGGAAGAGAAAGAAGGGAGAAGAAAUCAGCCUCUUUGCCACUCCAGUCCAUUGUUCCAAUUUCUUCCAAGUGGGGCCAAGCUGAGCAAGUGGACUAGCCUUCCCCAUCUUAACCCUUUCAAUGCCUGAAGACAGCUAUCAUGUCCACUCCCAUCCUUCUGUUCUUCAGGUUCAACAUCCCCAAGUGUUUCUUGGACUAAUUCUCCCAUGACCUCUAAUGCUCUCGCCAUCCUGGUCCUUUGGACAUUGUUUUGGACUUGUUCGAGGUUAAGAAUGUCCUUGUAAAAAAUGUAGUGGCCAGAAAUGAGCACAAUCAAUUACCUAUGGUCUAGCAGGGGCAGUGUAACAGGACUAUCACUUCUCUGGUUUGGGAUACUAGACCCCUCUUCUAGUGCAGUCUAACGUCAAAUUAGCUUUCUUACCAGCCAUGUCAUUUUCUUGACUCACACUGAGUUGGCAGUCCAUGUCCACUAAAAAUCCCUUUGACUUAAAAAAAGCAAACAAACAAACAAACAUGAACUGUUGUCUGGCUAUGCCUCUCCAUCUCAUAGCUGUGCAAGUAAUUUUUAGCCCCCUUUUCAGCUUCUAGAUCAUCCAUAGCCUCCAGAAGAAAUAUGCUUAUGGUAAGAAGCCAAGAGCCCCUAGAACAGUAUAGAAUACAACACAACGAACAUGGAACUGAACUGAACAUAAAAGAACAAGGGAAUGGAACAGCACAGAAUAAAAUAGAAUAGAACGUGAUAUGAUUUAAAAUUAUAUAGUAGAUAUAAUGAACAUCCAAGUGUCUGCUUUAUGUCAACCAUUGUGCUAGACGCUCCCUCUCGGCUAGCUGCUUCCCUGCUGUCUAGCAACAUGUCUACGGCUCCCCAUCCUGAAAAAAAUCCUCACUCUAUCCUUCCACUCCCCUGCCUCCUGCCGGUUAUCACCCCAUAGCUCUCUUCUGUUUGGUGGCUAUACUUUUUGAGAAGACCUUCUAUGAUUGGUGCUUCCAUUUCCUUCCCUUUCACUCUCUUAACUCUCAACAGUAUGGUGUAAAUAAGAAAAUGUAAACAAAUCACUUUGCAAACAUUAAAGCAUUAUUUAAUCCAC